UUGCAGCAUGUUUCAGAAGAUAAAAGGAAAGAGGCAUUUGCCGCAUUCUGGAAGAGCGGUGUCCCUCGUUUUGGCGAUGAAGGAGCCAAAGGAUGGCGCAGUUUCUACGAGAAUUGCAACGAUUCGUUAGAAGUUGAAAAGCUUGAAAUCGUUGCACGAGCUUUGCAGGAGCAGAAGACCCAGGAAUUAGAGCAGAGGAUCGCAACAUCCGAGGACAACUUGAUAGUAAGCUGGGUGGAGAUGGAACGCGAGUUGGAAAAUAUUGAAUGCCGUCCUAGAAGGGCCUUAUCUAGUUCACAUGCCACUGUAAGUUCUGGUGUGACUUUUCACGCUGUCCACUAUUAA